AUAACUGCUUAACCCCGUUCACUCGUCCAAAGCAAGACUCUCCACUUCAUUACAUCAUCUGGGUCAACUUGUCUGCCAAACUCGGCGAACACAGAAUAUGUCCUCAAGCUAUCAAGAACGACGUUACGUUGUCCCAGACCGAUCUGACCCAAUGGGCGGAUUCAACCCGAGAGGGCCACCCUUCGCGGAUGCGUCAAACCCAAACGUCGUGCGCUUCACUGCAACACACGCUGGCAUCUGUACAGGAGAAGUAAUCGACCAUACCAACGCUCCUCUCUAUCGCUUCCAAAGCGAUGGUGCACGUCAUUUGGUCAUGCUUGAUGCAUCGGGAGGCGUCCUUGCAAAGUAUGAGGAUGGGGAGGUGGCUUACGGGGACAAUUUUCCGGUGAAGGGGAAGAAGUUUAUUCAUAAGGGUGCGCCGGGGAACACUGGAGCAGUCCUCACUUUUAACGGGCAACAAUACGAGUUCGUUCAAGAAAUAUUCUACGCUAUUGUCCGUACCAUACCAUCAGCCGAUCGUGUCGCAAUUGUGUACAACUAUACUGGAAAGCCAGCAGUAGAGAUGGUCCCUGCUGGUACAGAGGUCGCAGGUCUUCAAGAAUUCAUCGUAUUUGUAACUGCACUGAUGGAGAGUGGUGUCAUGAAGGGUGGGAAAAGUAGACUGGGAAAGACGUUUCAAAAGAUCAUACCAGGGAAGAAGUGUACGUGAGAAUUUAGAAGUGUACGUGAGAAUUUAGAAGAGCAACAUUAUUUGCAUUAUUUGAUACAAAAUUCAAAUAUUAUUCGC